AUGGGUGUGGGCAUCGUCUCCGACAUAUUUAUGGGAUCAAUUGAGAAGAUUACGUCGAAGAAGAAGCGCGUCUUCAGCUCGAAUUUGCAGACUUUCAUCACUGUCAAGGUGUGGAAUGCGACUGUUUCAAAUUUGACACUGAUGGCUCUGGGUUCCAGCGCGCCGGAGAUUCUGCUGAGCGUCAUAGAAUUGCUCAAGAAUGAGAUGUACUCUGGCGAUCUUGGCCCAUCCACCAUUGUCGGCAGCGCAGCCUUUAAUCUGCUGGUCAUCACGGCCGUCUGCGUUUCAGCGAUUCCUGGUGGCGAGUUCCGUAGGAUCAAGGAUAUCCAGGUAUUCGCUGUGACGGCGACCUUCUCCGUUUUUGCAUACGUUUGGCUAAUUGUCAUUUGUAUGCUGUGGUCACCUGAUGUUAUCACCAUUCCAGAGGCUCUCAUAACAUUCCUGCUUUUCCCGGUGCUAGUCAUGCUGGCCUUCAUCGCUGCCAAAGACAAAGGUUACUUCGCUCGAGGAGGGAAGAACAAGGAGGCAGAGAAGGUCCUGCUGGAUGCAGCCACAGAGCAGGAAAUAGCCACGAUGAGGAUGCGAAUCCUCAAGAAGCAUGGCACAGGGAUUCCAGACGAUAAAGUUGUUAAGCUCAUCAGAGAAGAGUUUGGUGCAGUGGAAGAGCCCUCAAGGGCCGCUCGACGCAUGGCUGCCACCGAAAAACUCUUCGGAGGUGGAAGGCGAAAGUCUGAGACCAAGGUAGUUCCAGUUCAACUAACUCCUGAGCAGAAGGAGGCCAACAAGCCAAACGUUGUCUUUGCCUUCGAGCAUCUUGAGUACUCCUGCCUUGAAAGCUGCGACAAGCUGGAGCUGCUUGUCACCCGAGAGUCCGACAGCAUAGAGCCUUUGGGCAAGGGGAGCGUCAUGUACAGGACAAAGGAAGUCACGGCCAAGGAUGGCAAAGAUUUCAUCAAGGUGGAAGGCAUUCUGGAAUUCGAAGAGGAUGAGACGGAAAAGAUGAUCUACAUUCAGAUUCUCGAUGACGACGAGCAUGAGCCGGACACAUACUUUGACGUGGAGCUCUACCAGCCAUACUCCGUCGACGAGAGCAAGGUCGAGACAAAGCUGGGAAAGAACAAGACCGCGCACGUCAGAAUUGUUGACGAUGAUGCGGUUGGAGUUCUGGCCUUCAGCAAUCAAGAGGAGAAGGUGAGCGAAGACUUUAGCGGCGAGAAGGUCAUAGCGAUCAUGGUCCACCGGCACGCUGGUGCGAAAGGGGCAGUGUCUUGCUCCUAUCGGACGGAAGAUGGGACUGGCAUUGCUGGAAUUGACUACGAGGAAGCCACUGGGACCCUUGAGUUUGCUGACCAAGAGACCGAAGCAGAGAUCCACAUUACCAUCAAGCCUCGGGGUCGUUUCGACACCAACUCCGUCUUCAGGCUUUACAUUGAAGAAGCGACGGGCGGAGUAGGCUUCGCGGCCCACACAGAUGGUGGGGAGGAGUGUUGCAUCUGCACUAUUGUUGUGGGGGGUGAUGAAGUGACCAAGCGGCGAGCAGACAAGUUGAAGCAGGCCUUCAAGGUGAAUUGGGAGGUGCAAAUGAUGGCGAGGGACAACUGGAAGGACCAGUUUACCGAUGCAGUUCUCCUUGAUCCGGGGGAAGCAACAGGCUGCGAAUUGGUCACUGCCUGGGUCUUCCACCUCAUCACCAUGCCCUGGAAGGUGAUUUUUGCUUUGAUCCCUCCAGUUGAUUACUGUGGUGGUUGGCUGUGUUUUUGUUCUUCUCUGGCGAUGAUUGGCAUGGUGACAGCAGUCAUAGGCGAUUUGGCAGAGCUCUGCGGGUGUGUGGUGAGCAUGCCUGAUGAGAUCACCGCAAUCUCCCUUGUCGCUCUUGGCACUUCGCUGCCGGACACCUUUGCGUCCAAGUCAGCUGCAGAGCAGGAUCCCACAGCAGAUGCAUCCAUCGGCAACGUCACCGGAAGCAACUCAGUCAAUGUCUUUCUAGGGCUGGGCUUGCCUUGGACUAUCGGAGCCAUCUACUGGGCAGCGCUAGGUGAUUUAUCCCCGGACGACCGGUGGUUCACCAAGUACCGUGGACAGAGUGUCGUUGAGAACUAUCCUACCGGAGGACAGUUCGUCGUUUUAGGUGGAAACUUGGGCUUCAGCGUGGCCGUCUUUUGUUGCUGCGCAUCUUGCUGCAUACUGGUGAUCCUACUGCGGAGAUGGUUUGUUGGUGGUGAGCUUGGCGGUCCGAAAGGCAUAAUGUACGCCACCUCUUCAUUCCUUGCCGCUGGCUCAGACAGGCUUCAUUUGACAGCUUGGUGUUCUUAG